CAAAACACUUCAGCCCAUCUCAUGGCCCAGCAUUGCAGCCAGUACCAGAAGUAACUCACCCAACCCCAAAGCUCCUAAAACCCUGCUUCUCAUCCCUCCACUGCCCCUAAAACCCAUCAUCCCCUUCACUAACAGAGCUCCUCACCCGCUUGUCAGCCACCACCUCCUCCUUCGCGCCUCACCCUCUUAACACUCUGAAGCCAAGUCUUGACCGCCCUUUGCUUUAGUUCUUCUUCCGCUGCUUUGCUCCCGACCACGAAUCAGAGAGGUUGUCUUGUGAAAGAUGAGUCUCAUAUCUCAAAAUAUUCCGUCGGCUUUUAAAGCUCGCAAGACUAAUAGGGAGGAUACAGAUGAGCCAUCAUUUCUGCAAGGGAAUGAACACAAUGGAGAUGGAAAAGAAUCUAGUUUAGAUAUUAUGAGGACAAAGAAGAGAAAGAAAGCACGCAAGGAUGACGAUGAGAAGGUGGCAGCUGAGCAGGAAAGGGAAAUGAAGAAGCUGGAAAGCUUUUUGUUUGGAUCAAUUUAUUCCCCAGUUAAAUUUGGGAAGGAGGAUGAGGAGGAAGCUGGGGACACUGUGGAUACAGGCUCUGCUUUAUUCUUCGUGGACCGUUCUGCAAAUAGUUUGGCCCCUAUUUAUGAAGAGGAUGCAGACUUCUCGGAAGAGGAGAAUAAGAAAAGGAAACCUGUCUGGGUGGAUGAUGAAGAGGAAAAGGCCAACAUAAAUAUUGCUAAAGUUAACAGACUAAGGAAGCUGAGGAAGGAAGAGGAUGAGAGUUUGAUUUCGGGUUCAGAGUAUGUGUUAAGAUUGAGGGCUCAACAUGCUAAGCUGAACCCAGGCACAGAAUGGUCUCAACUUGAUUCAAAGUUCAGGAACAAUAGAUAUUCUGAUGAUGAAUCAUCAGAUGACGAAAAUGGGGUUGUAGUGGCCCGUGGCUACAAGGAUGUAGAAGCUGUUGAUGAUCUUCUUCGUGCAAAUGAGGAUCUUGUUGUGAAGAGCAGUGGCAAAUUGUUGCCUGGACUUCUUGAAUAUUCAGUACUUGUGAAUGGAAAUGCAGAGGAACCUUCUAAAGGUCCAAUUAAUUCAGUACAGUUUCAUAGAAAUGCUCAGUUGCUCCUCACUGCUGGGUUGGAUCGAAGGCUUAGAUUUUUUCAGAUUGAUGGAAAACGGAAUACUAAAAUAGAAAGCAUCUUCCUUGAUGAUUGUCCCAUUCGAAAGGCAUCUUUUUUGCCUGAUGGAUCUCAGGUUAUUAUAGCUGGAAGGAGGAACUUCUUUUACAGCUUUGAUUUAGUGAAGGCAAAGGUUGAUAAAAUAGGUCCCCUGGUUGGCAGAGAGGAAAAAAGCUUAGAAGUUUUUGAGGUUUCCCCUGAUUCUAGCACAAUUGCCUUUGUGGGCAAUGAAGGUUAUAUCUUGUUGGUUUCCUCUAAAACGAAGGAAUUGAUUGGGACACUCAAGAUGAAUGGAACUGUUCGCUCUUUAUCUUUUGCCAAUGAUGGGAAGCAAUUAUUGAGCUCCGGCGGUGAUGGACAGGUUUACCACUGGGAUCUGAGAACAGGGGCCUGCUUCCACAAGGCAGUUGAUGAAGGUUGCAUAAAUGGUACAGCUUUGUGUACAUCUCCAAAUGGGACCAUGUUUGCUGCUGGUUCAGACAGUGGGAUUGUCAAUAUUUACAAUAGAGAGGAGUUUUUAGGGGGAAAGAGAAAACCUAUCAAGGCCAUCGAGAAUCUUACAACCAAAGUAGAUUUUCUGAAGUUCAAUAAUGAUGCUCAAAUAUUGGCUAUUUGUUCAAGCAUGCAGAAGAACAGCUUAAAGUUGGUACAUGUUCCAUCAUUUACUGUAUUUUCCAACUGGCCUCCUCAGAAAAAGGCCCUACAUUAUCCCCGAUGUUUAGAUUUUAGUCCUGGCGGAGGCAUCAUGGCUGUGGGUAAUGCUGCUGGAAAAGUGUUAUUGUACAAGUUGCAUCAUUACCAUCAUGCAUAGGGUGAAUGUUGUGAGGGGCAGUAAUGGAUCACUUAGAGGUAAGGUUUGCCGACAUUUCCAAUUAAAUUGGUCUAGAAAGACAGUUUAUCUUGGGAUUCACUUAUAGGUGCCAUUCUUCAAGAGCUAGGAUGGCUUCUUUUUCCAGAAAAAUUGCUGCUCUAGUUUUGACCUAUAAUGUAUUUCUUUCUUUUUUCCGGACAUUGUACCAAAUUUUCAUUAAAUUUUUUGGCAGUCCUUUUUUUGGUGGCAAGGUCUGCACAUUUCAUGUAAUUCCCUUCUUUCCCUUCUUUCAUUCCAAUCAAUUUUAUUGCAAGAACCGCCAAUGUUUUCUGCUACACCCGAAUUUUAUACAUAACAGGGUUGGUAAGCCACGAGUCAGGUGGAAGUAGGUAUGGCUUUGAAUCAUAUUGUGUAGGUGCAAGCGACCAGUUUUUGCAAACACAAAAUGUAGCCUUGUAAUUUUUGUCUCUCUGCGCCUCUGAACCUCAUUUGUACCCAACACAAAAUGUAUUAUGAAGCAAAUAUAAUUGUAUGUCAUUAUCCUACUGUUUAUACAAAGCUGGUCUGUACGUACGCAGCAAAGUUCACAGCUAAGCCACCAAAAUUGUCUAAACCAACCCACCUACCACCGUCGCCACCAGCCAUGGUUGUCAGUGGUACCUCAGUCUCUUCCUCUUCUAGGGUGGGAGGGUCGGGAGGGGAGAAAGCACUCUUUGAAAUCCGGUCUGCUUAGAAUUUCGAUGCUUUUGAAUUAAGCUUUCUUAGCAUAAUUUUACUUCAGAGUUUAACAGUACUUUCAUUUUACUAUUCUUUUUUCCUCAGGUUCACCAUCGUCAACUUUUCUGAGUGAAGGCAUGGAUAGUUUGGGAAGGCCCCAUAACACUUCCUGCAAACCCUAUACACAAACUUGUAUUCCGAAAGAAAGAAAACAAGAAAAGAAAAAAGGAAACUCGAAAAACAUCUUUACCCACUCCAAAUUGCAUGGUUAUCUUCAAUAACAUGAGAAAAAACCUAUACAUAAAUGGCUAGAAAAUUUCCAUUAUAUGGAAGGUGCUUUACAAAUCGACCAAAAAGAACUUACUACUGGGUGAUUUUAUAACCCAUCGCAGGCAGCUCUACCUCCUUGCAUCAAAUAUACCAAUUUCCUUCAUUUCUUUUGUUUUCACAGUUGAUUUCAACCCCC